ACCUUUCGAUCAACCAUAAAAAUACUUAGUUUUAUGUUAGGGAGGUCUAACUUCUUUUGGCGAUCUUUCAGAAAACACAUUUUGACAGUUUCUUUUCCAUGCAUAGUCAUAAAUGCUACAGUGUAAUCAAAUGGCAGCAGAUCGUUAACAUGCCAGAAUAUAACGGUUGUCUGUUUUAAUACAAUGUUUAAAUGUAUCUGCUUCCCUCGGCAUGUAAUUACUAUUGUUGGAGGGAAGCGCAUCAUCGCCUGUGCGACUUUUUAGGUGGGGUUAUUAUUUUUUUUAUUUUUUUUAUUUAUUUUUACUGCAGUGAUACUCAAACCUGGUCCCGGAUAGCCACAGUCUGCGUUGUGUGUUUUUUUCUUCAGAUCAGUGGCUGAUUCAGACCCGACAAACCAGGUGACCCGAAUUAACUGUGUAAUCAGCUGCUUUAACUGAUCCAUUGCUGUGCUGCUCAGGUGCUGAGUAAUAACGAAAACCAGCGGGUGCAGGACCGAGAGUGAGGACCACUCUCACAGACAUGCUUUUUAUAGCAUUAAAACCUCCAUCCAUGUUCACUUUCCUUCCUGACUCUCCCCAUAUUAGAUCACCUAAUUGUUUUAUAAAUUAGAAACUCGGUUGUAUGAUCAGUCAACUGACUGCCUCUGGAGUGUCUACGGGGACCCCUAAAGGAGAACCAUUGAAUUACAAGUUUAAAUCCCUGCAGGUCACAUGGUGGAGACCGAACAAAAAGAGGAUUGCGAUUAAGGCAUAGAGCUACUCCUGCAGCUGGGUUAGACCGAUCGAGAUGUACAAGAACUGGAGACAGCUUCCGCGUACCGGCUGUUCCUCAGUUCGACCAGUGGUAGCCAACCCUGUUCCUGGAGAUCUACCAUCCUAUAGGUUUUCAUUCCAACCCUAAUUUGGCACACUUGGCUCUACUAAUUAGCAGCUCAACAAGAUCUCUAGCUGUUGAAUGAGGUUUGCUUUGUUAGGGUUGGAGAGAAAACCUACAGGACUUUUGUUACAUCAAGAUGGGCACAUUAGAGAUGGUAUUUGAUUAAUCCAAAAUAAGUCCUGUACAGGAGGGGAAUCUGCAGGAGGGGAAUCUGCAGGAGGGGAAUCUGUGCAGGAGGGGAAUCUGUGCAGGAGGGGAAUCUGUGCAGGAGCGGGAUCUGUGCAGGAGGAGAAUCUGUGCAGGAGGAGAUCUGUGCAGGAGGAGAUCUGUGCAGGAGGAGGUCUGUGCAGGAGCGGGAUCUGUGCAGGAGGAGAAUCUAUGCAGGAGGAGAUCUGUGCAGGAGCGGGAUCUGUGCAGGAGGAGAAUCUGUGCAGGAGGAGAUCUGUGCAGGAGGAGAUCUGUGCAGGAGGAGGUCUGUGCAGGAGCGGGAUCUGUGCAGGAGGAGAAUCUGUGCAGGAGAGGGAUCUGUGCAGGAGGAGGAUCUGUGCAGGAGGAGAAUCUAUGCAGGAGCGGGAUCUGUGCAGGAGCGGGAUCUGUGCAGGAGGAGAAUCUGUGCAGGAGGAGAUCUGUGCAGGAGGAGAUCUGUGCAGGAGGAGGUCUGUGCAGGAGCGGGAUCUGUGCAGGAGGAGAAUCUGUGCAGGAGAGGGAUCUGUGCAGGAGGAGAUCUGUGCAGGAGCGGUGUGGAGGUUCGCUGGUGCUGUGGUGCAGGCUUCAGGCAGGAGCUCUGCAGGUGCUGAAACUCAUAAUGGGGGUUUAUCUCCCUCCUGUGUUGCCCCUUGUGACCGUAGGGUUAGGGGGUUGCUCCUCCUUUACGCAGGACAACUCCUCUGCAGCCCAUAAUAAAACAACUGUAACCGCAGCAACCACAACACAUAAUUUAAAAAAUGCAGUACUUUAAUUUUCCAUGGUUGUUUUUAAUGAGCAUGGCCUGAUGGUGUUGAGCAGGUUAGCAGUGAUAGUACUCAGUCUUAAUGAAAGUUUUAUCGGACCAGCGAGAAGCAUCAUAACCAAGGAGAGCUCAGGCUGCACCUCUACCAUCUACCCAAAUAUUUCACCUGCUGCUGCUGCAUUCACUUUUGACACUACGUUACCAUGGUAAUGACCUGUAUGUAACCAUGGCUCUUUACCCAGCCUGCCGCAGGCUCAACCCAGGUCACCUGACUUGCUCAGCGGUGUUGGCCUUGAUGCCACGAUAACGGUUCAGCUCCACCUUGUCCUUAUUUGCACACAAGCUGUCACUCUCCUGGCCGAUGGGCGUUUCCACGGCAACAUUAUUCCGCUAACGCAGCUGAGUGGACUCUCCUCGCUCAGAGCAGCUGGACUUCACUCCCGUCAGGGUGGGCAGGCCCAGCAGCUCCAGCAGGUCCAGCAGACCCCGCAGGUCCAGUAGACCCAGCAGACCCCGCAGGUCCAGUAGACCCAGCAGACCCCGCAGGUCCAGUAGAUCCAGCAGACCCAGCAGGUCCAGUAGACCCAACAGACCCCACAGGUCCAGCAGGUCCAGCAGGCCCAGCAGGCCCCCUGCACUUAGUGACAUCAAACAUUUCAUUGGAAGAGAGUUAUUUAAAGAAGCAAUAGAUGCAAACUCAAACACCCACGACAUGCUACAUUUAGAGCAGGCCUGCCCAGCCAUGUUCUGGGAGAUCUACCAUAAUGUUGGUUUUCAGUCCAACUCUAACAAAGCACACCUCAUUCAACAGCUAGAGCAGGGCUGCCCAACCCUGUUCCUGAAUAUCUACUGUCCUGUAAGCUUUUAUUUCAACCCUAAUCUGGUACACCUGACUCAUUUACAGCCCCGUGAGCUCUCUAGCUGCUGAGUGAGGUGUGCUUUGUCAGGGUUGGAGUGAAAACCUACAGGACGGUAGUUCUGAUUUACAGCAUACGCUGCAGGGUGCAAAUGCAAAUUCAUAUGAACACAGCACAUUCAGCCUGUGCUCCCCAUAAACGGUGCACAGUGGCACAGGGGAGGUGAGGAGCAUGUCCUGCCAGAGAGUCUAGUGCACCAGAUUAAAGGGAAAGUGUUCUCCACAGAGUCGCAGCAGAGAUUAGAUUUCUGCUGAGCCCUUGUGUUUUUAUUUUCUGGGGAGAAAUUUGUUUUCACUCUUUAUUUAUUCAUUUUUGUAUUUGAUUGUUUUUUCCUCCUCUGUUUGUAGGACAGUUGCCCUGUCAGUGUGUGUUUCCUUGCUGGUUUAAGAGGCAAAGCUCUGGAUGAGGUGCUGUCCUGUCUCCUCAUAUUAAAUCUGUGACCAGCCUGCAGAGUGUUCUCCAUGGAGGGGGGGUGGGGAGAGGAUCCCCAAAACUUCUCCAAACUGCAGUGGGACCCCUGCCACGGGACCCUGUCGCUCUGCUCGGUCCAGCUGAGGGGGGUCUGUGGCGGGACGGCUGGGAGUUUGGGGGCUGUACCGGGACGGUGUCGGGAUGGCGGGAUGCUCUCUCCGCUGUACACAGGGGCUGCUCAAGUUCCUGCACACACUGCAGCGUCUUCUCUCCGGCACCCUCAGCAAAGAUAAGAUAGAUGAUGAUUUGGAGAUUACUAUGGUCUGUCACAGACCAGAAGGUCUGGAGCAGCUGGAAGCUCAGACGAACUUCAGUAAGAGAGAGCUGCAGGUUCUCUAUCGCGGCUUCAAGAAUGAGUGCCCGAGUGGUGUAGUUAAUGAGGAGACGUUCAAACAGAUCUACGCCCAGUUCUUCCCACAUGGAGAUGCCAGCACAUAUGCUCAUUAUCUAUUCAACGCAUUUGACACCUCCAGCAAUGGCUCCAUCAAGUUUGAGGACUUUGUGUUGGGCCUCUCCACACUGCUCAGAGGUUCAGUAACAGAGAAACUGCAGUGGACCUUCAACCUGUACGACAUCAACAAAGAUGGAUACAUCAGCAAGGAGGAGAUGACUCAGAUUGUUUCUGCUAUCUAUGACAUGAUGGGGAAGUACACCUACCCUGCCCUGAAAGGAGACGUGCCGCGGCAACAUGUGGAUGCCUUCUUUGAGAAAAUGGACAAAAACAAAGAUGGAGUCGUCACUCUGGAAGAAUUCAUUUUAGCAUGCCAGGAGGAUGACACCAUGAUGAGGUCCCUGCAACUCUUUGAGAACGUGAUGUAAAGAGAGGAAGAAGAGGGGGAUGAGUGUGUGAGAGAGAGAAAUAUAAGGGAGAGGGGCAGUGUGUGUUUGUGUGUGUGUGAAUGUGAAUAUUUGCAUGUGAGUGUGUGUGUGUACAUGCAUACAUGUCUGCAUGUCCGUGUGUGUGCGUGUGCGCGUGAGUGAUUGUGUGUGUGUGGGUGUGUGUGUAUCUCUCUCUGUUCUGCUGGGGUUAUAAUCCGUGAGAGCCCUCCCUUGUGGAUGCUUCUGGAAAUCACCCCUUCAAGUCACACCUACCAACAGGGCAACUCGACAUUUACAGAGAUGUGGAUACAUGGAACUGCAUCUCUGUGGAUCCCCUAGCUGUGAAUACAUGGAACUGCAUCUCUGUGGAUCCCCUAGCUGUGAAUACAUGGAACUGCAUCUCUGUGGCUCCCCCUAGCUGUGAAUACAUGGAACUGCAUCUAUGUGGCUCCCCCUAGCUGUGAAUACAUGGAACUGCAUCUCUGUGGCUCCCCCUAGCUGUGAAUACGUGGAACUGCAUCUCUGUGGCUCCCCUAGCUGUGAAUACUUGGGACUUAUUCUUUGAGUAUUUCUCUACUCAAGCAAUUUUGAGUCUCAUUGCCAAACUGUUGCAUGUUUGACCCAGAGGGAAUGCUUGAUCCGGACACUUUGCAUUCAGGGGACUGCCCUUUCAACUAAUGGGAGAUUUUUUAAAAUACAUAUAAUGUUUCAACAGUAAUAUCUAUAUAUUUAUUUAUUUGUUCAUCCUUGUGGACCACAGAUAUAAGGGAAUAAUGUUGUCAGGUUUUAUAAUGUCCAGUUAAUGUUCUCUGUGUUGUAAUGAUCUUGUAAUUGUUCUUAAGGCCUAUAUACAGUCUUUGUGUCUGUCUGUCGGCCCCUGCUGGAAGCAGGGAGCAUAACUUUCUGGUCUGAUCUGUGUUUGUGUUAUAGCUUCUUAUACCAUGUCUGUUACACUUAACGAAAUUCCUCACACAUAUUCUCUGUGUGAUGUGGCUCUGUACCACAGACACAGUCUCACACACAUACACGUACAAAUACGUACACAUACACAUGCACGCACGCACACACACACACACAGUCUCACGCACACACGUACAAACACGUACACAUACACACACACACUCACUCACAUACGGUCACACACAUACACGGCCACACACACACGCACAGCUUUAAAAAGCUACUUGUGUUACAGUAUAAAGUUUCUCAGCCAGUGAUGUGUGUCCUGUGCUAAAGUGACAUGAAUGGAACUGAACUGCAAGACAGAGGAAGGGGAGGAAAUUACAUAGAACUUCACUGAGACAUGGAGAGAGAGAGGGAGGGAGAAAGAGAGAGAGAUGGACAGAGAGAGUAGGGAGGAGGGGGAGGAGGAGAGAGGAGGAAGAGGGGGAGGAGGUCGUAGGGCAGGGAUACUCAAGUGUGGCCAUCGAGUCCAGUAGUACUGCUGGUUUUCUUUUUUACCUGAUAGUUCAUUGAUUGCUUAGUGCCACUAAUUGGCCAGAGAUUUGACUCAGUCUCUGAUUAGAGGGGGGGAAUGAAAACAAGCAGUAGUGCUGGCCUCUAGGAUCAGAUUUGAGCAUUCCUGGCGUAGGGUCUGGUUCCUGUAGUUAGUCCUCUUGCCAAUAGGAGGCAUCAUUGAGGUCACAUCAGCAAUAAGUGGGGGGGGGGGUCUGCUUGGCAGGGGGCAGCUGUGUCCUGACUCAUUGAUCAGCGAAUCAGUUAGUCAGUCUAUUUUGAACUUCAAUGAAAAAACUGCAUACUAGGAUUUGCAGUCAGCCUGUCCUGCAGCUUCUGGGUGCAGCAGGCUGUAGAUUUGGGUUACAGGGGACUGGUGCUGUGCUAGAGGCUGAAAAGGCUAGUUUUAAAUCUGGAUUUAAAGACUGAAGCAGAUUCUGCUUCCCAUGCUAGCUGAGGAAGACCUUUCCUUUGCUCAGCAGCUGUGAAACUGAUGCGAUAUUACCCAUAAGCCUCCUCAGAAACGGCUACACAUCUUUAGCCAUGGAAGCUGCCAAAUGUUUUAUUUAUGACAUCAUUAUAAGGCAUGGUGAUUAUGUGUUUGUUCUAAAUGAGGAAUGUCAUGUGUUCAUUGUUUAGUGGAUGCUGCUUCACAAUCAUAAGGAUAAAGUUCUACAAUAUCUUUCUGAGGGAGCAAAGCUCUCCAAGGCGUCUGAUCUGUUCAGCACAUUCAGCUCCUCUCAAGAGCUCUUCUUAAUGAGCAGGCAGGCAGACAGACAAACAGACAGACAGGUGGACUGUGCAUUAUUUUCCUGCUGCAAUGCUGUAUAAAGGAUAUUUAACAAUAAACUUUUGAAAGAA